UGCUCAAGGCAGGGAGGGGAGCCCGGCUGUUCCCCAGGCACUGCCAGCCUGGGACUUCUCUCUUGUUGUACCGGAGACACCCAGGCGAAAAUGGCUGCGAAGGGCUCCCAUUCUUACCUGAAGCUGGAGGGGGAGAUCGAGAGGUGCCGGGCGGAGUGUCAGUGGGACAGGUUGCCCGAGCUGGUGAGGCAGCUGCUGCCGCCAGCGGCCAGCCCCCCGCGGAAAGGGGUCGCGGACGCGCAGGACUCCGUGGACUAUGGGAAUCUGCUGCUCGCAGAGGCCCUUCUGGAGCAGUGUUUAAAGGAAAACCUAGCCAAAAUAAAGGACUCCAUUCCAUUAAUGGAAAAGAAUGAGCCAAAAAUGAGUGAAGCCAAAAAGUAUUUGACUGGUAUUCUAAACAGAGGAAAAUUACUACCUAAAUAUAUGACUGAAGCAGUGUUGAUCCUUGGGAAGCUCCAUUAUGUGGAGGGAUCCUACAGGGAUGCAGUCAGCAUGUAUGCCAGAGCAAGAAUUGAUGACCUCUCCAUAGAAAAUGAACCUUUGUACCAUCUGCGCCUGGUGACUGAAGCAUUUGUUAUCAAAGGUCUGUCACUAGAACGCUCGCCCAAUUCGAUUGCCUCCCGUGCUCGGCUGUCCGAAAGGGAAGAGGAGGUCAUGGCUUGUUUUGAGAGAGCAUGUGUCAUUGCACAAGUGUACUUGCAGGAACUUGAGAAGACCUCACAUUCAAGAAGCAUAAAAGGCAGCAAUGUGACUUUCUCUGACUUUGAACUUCCCUAUUUCCUGGAAGCAGCUCUACAGAGUGCAUAUGUGUCUCACUUGAAGAAGGGAAACAUUGUGAAAGGAAUGAGGGACCUGCGAGAAGUAUUACGGACUGUGGAAACAAAAGCUACUCAGAGCUUCAAAAUGACAGCAGCCAAACAGCUAGCCGAAGUGCUCCUCCACUCCUUGAGUGAAGACUGUUACUGGAGCCCCUUAUCUGAUCCUCUGCCUGAGUUCAUGAACAAGGAAGAUAACUCUUACGUUAGCACUCUUCUUCGGCGGAGACCCCAGCUAUACACAGGAGACAACCUGUACUGCCCUCAAGACAACAUAGAAGAGGCUCUUCUCCUCCUGUUAAUCAGUGAAUCUAUGGCGAACAGAGAUGCAGUAAUUAGCCGUGCCCCUGACCAGAAGGAUGAUCGAACUGUCAGCCUCCAGGAUGCUUCUGCAGUGUAUGACCUUCUGAGUAUCACACUGGGCAGAAGAGGGCAGUAUGUCAUGCUUUCUGAGUGUCUGGAGCGAGCAAUGAAGUUUGCGUUUGGUGAAUUUCACCUCUGGUACCAGCUGGCCCUUUCCAUGGUGGCUUGCGGGAAGUCGGCAUAUGCUGUGUCGGUGCUCAGAGAGUGUGCUAAACUGCGUCCUGCAGAUCCCAUGGUUCCUCUUCUGGCUGCUAAGGUCUGCAUUGGGCCACUGCACUGGUUGGAGGAAGGGGAACGUUUCGCCAAGAUGGUGAUAGACCUUGGAGAGGAUGCUGGAGAGUUCCUAGCUAAGGGGUAUCUUGCUUUGGGUCUGACAUACAGUCUUCAAGCUACUGAUGCUACCCUGAAAUGCUCUCAAGACAAAUUACACAAGAAAGCCCUUCAAACUUUGGAGAGAGCACGUCAGUUGGCCCCUGAAGACCACCAAAUCAUCCUCUACGUCUCGUUACAGCUGGCUCUUGUCAGACAGAUUUCUGAUGCUAUAGAACACCUUCAGGAAGCACUGAAACUGUGCAAAGAUGAUAUGAAUUCACUUCAUCUACUGGCUCUCCUUUUUUCAGCCCAAAAGCACUAUCAGCAUGCACUCGAUGUCAUCAACAUGGCUCUUGCUGAGUACCCAGAGAGCUUUAGCUUACUCUUCACCAAAGUAAAGCUAGAACGGGUGCAUAAAGGACCUGAAGAAGCUCUGGUGACCUGUAGACACAUGUUGCGUAUGUGGCAGAUGGUAUAUAACUUUUCACAGCACAGUGGCUCUGAGAAAGAAAGCAGUGUGACUGAAGUGCCGAUGAUCAAAAAGCACAAUGGGAUGCAUCUUUCUCUCCCUGAUGCGCACGAUACCGACUCUGGCUCACAGCGCGCCUCUUCUGUUGCUGCUUCACGACUGGAACAGGCCAUGUCUGAAGUAACUAUGCAGAAUACUGCCCUGAGGCAAGGACCUAUGCAACUAUGGACAACUCUUGAACAAAUCUGGCUACAAGCUGCUGAACUCUUCAUGGAACAACGGCAUCUCAAAGAAGCAGGCUUUUGUAUCCAAGAAGCAGCUAGUCUUUUCCCUACAUCUCACACUGUGCUGUACAUGCGUGGGAGACUUGCAGAGAUGAAAGGCAGUUUGGAGGAGGCUAAGCAAUUGUAUGAUGAGGCACUUACAGUGAAUCCAGCUGGAGUGGAAAUUAUGCACAGCCUGGGGCCCAUACUGAGCAGGCUCGGGCGGAGAAGCCUGGCUCAGAAGGUUUUGAGAGAUGCAGUCCAGAUACAGAACACCAAUCACCAAGCCUGGAACAGCCUCGGAGAAGUAUUGCAAGCUCAAGGAAAAAAUGAAGCUGCUGUGGAAUGCUUCCUAACAGCUCUGGACCUCGAAUCCAGUAGUCCUGUUGUCCCUUUCACUGUCAUACCGAGAGAACUAUAAAGCUCUUCCUUUCAGCCAAGCACAGCCCUCCAGUGGGUGGAUGCUAAGAAAUUUACACAGCAGAAACUCUGGGUUAGACAGCAAAAUACAAUUGUAACUUUUAAUUCCAGGAUUUGACUCUGAUCUAUGUGUUUAGCUGAGGAAAAACCCAACCUUAGAACAAGUGACAUAGAGAGGACAAUUUCUUCCAGCUUCAUAGAUAUCUGAUCUGACUCCUGUUGAAGUCAGUGGAAAGACUCCUGUUGAUUUCAGCAGGAGAUGGCUCGGGCCCUAGAUGACUAAACUGACAGUAGUGUAGAUGCUGCUAGAGUGUAGCUGUAAGAAACACUUGUGUUGAAAACAAAUUUCAUGCACCUUUCAACUUUUUUUGAGAAAGACUUAAUUUAAAAACAACCAUGAGCUAAAUUCAAACCUAGUGUAAGCGUGUGCAACUCUAUUAAUAAAGUAAGGGAAGCUGCCCAACUUACAUCAGAGCCAAAUUUGGCCAUAUAUAUAUAUGUGUGUGUGUGUGUGUGUGCACAGCCACAUUAGUAGGUGAAGAAUGAUGACAGAAUAAUAGCUGUAACUCUUAAAUACACUUUUUACAAAACUCUUUUAAAAGACCUGCUAAUACUUAUCUUCACCCUGCAGUGCCAUACUGCAAACACAGUCAAUACUCACAGUAGCUUUUGACUGGACUGAUCUAAAUUAAGACAUUUUUCUAUGGGCAGCUGUGGUGGCGUGAACCACAGAAGUGGAAAAGUCAAAGGCCUGAUCCAUUCAAAUUUUGACUAGUAUUAAAAAUAUUUUCUUUCAAAUUAAAUAUUUAUUGCAAGGCACUUCAUCGGGUCAGCUCGUGUAAACUGUCUGAGUAUCAUUCUUAGUAAUUACAUACUCCAGCCGCUUUUACAGCAAGUAUAUUGCUGAUUUCAGGCAAUGUAUUAUAUGUGUACCCUGUGCUUUACUUUUGCUAUUGUUCUUGACAGAGCUUUUUCCUGCUCAUCUAUAAAACCUAGUGACUGCACAGAUGAUAAACAUGUUUAAUUGUU